AUGGGUGAUAUUUUUCUCCAAAUUGAAGACGACGCGUACCAAGAAGACCUGGGCUACACGCGCGGAACCAUCGGCAAGUCGAGCACCGGCCGCGUGCGCCUGCCGCAAAUAGACGAGAAGACCAAAGUGCGGAUCAGCAAGACCCUUCAGAAGAAUCUGCAGAAGCAGCAGCAGUAUGGGGGCGCCACCAGUAUUAGGCGGCAGGUGUCGGGUACCGCGUCUUCGGUGGCGUUCACGCCUUUGCAGGGCCUGGAAAUAGUCAAUCCUCAAGCAGCGGAGACGCGGGUGAACGAAGCAAACGCCAAAUACUUUUCAAACACAUCAGGAUUCUUGUCAGUUGGGAAGAAAACCACAUAAAAUGUAUUGAAUCAGUAAU